GCAGAGCCGGUCACAGCUGAUCUGGAUCUGAGGAGCUCAGACACCACAGACACCACAGACACCACAGGAUGGACUUCACAGACAGGACUGUGCGCAUGUGCUGCAGCGUUGGGCUGAUGCUGAUGUUGCCGUCGGUCUGGGCGGUGUUCAGUCUCCACUGUAACGUCACUCAGACUUCUGAUGGGAUGUUCAGGCUGUGGUUGUCAGAGCCGCCGCCGGCACCGGACUGCAACUGGUUGUGGGAGGACUCCAACAAAAUAAAUCUGGCUGUCAGUGUUGACAACUUCAGCGAUCAGGUGUUCAACGUAUCGGACCAGUACCUCAUCCUGAAGACCUGCAGCAACUACACCACAUACCAGCGGGGCUGUCUGAAACUGGGCUGGACUGCAGUUGUGUGUUCAUUUAACUGCAGCUCCAUUGUGACUCCGCCUCCUCCUAUUCUGGUGGUUCCUCAUAUCCCUGGGCUUUGGCUUUGGCUGACAGUGGCUGCAUCGAUCCUUUUUGUGCUCAGCGUCUUUGGCAGUUUGGUCCACUGGUGCAGAAAAAGGAGUCUGGCCAACAAGAGUCAUCAGGAUCAGACUCGAAGGGUGGAGGAGGAGGUGAUGGAGAGGAUGAUGCAGGACCAGGACCAACGCCUACAGGCAGAUCAGAUGUGUGAUGUUAAAAUCCCACUGGCUGAAAUCCAACCACUGGAUCAGUGUGUAGAUCUAGAAGACGGAGCAUCAGUUUGAACACAGAAGUAGUUGGACUUAUUUUUAAUCAGGAGGUUUUGAUGACAGUGCCACAGCAUUAGAAGACUGGUCUGCUUUGGUGGAGGUCUGCGCUCUGAAUGAUUUUCUAGUUUUGGAUGUUUUUCAUCUAAAAAUAUUUAAACUAAAUGUUGUCCUUUGAGUCUGUUUCAGAUGGCAUUUAGACCUUUACAAUUCUGUGGAAUAUUUGUCUGAAACUGGUCUGGUUCAAAAGGUAUGAAUCAAAAAGUAGUGGGCGGUCCAUCCGUGAUGCCCUUGACCCUGCCCACUUAUAAAAUAUAGACUCACAUUUUUUCAUAAAAGUCAACUCUUCUCACCAUAAAAUCGACCACAUCUAGAACCCAUGGUUCCCACGGGUCAACGCCAGGGAUGCAAAUUAUCGAUUAAUCCAUUAAUCAUUAGUUGGUUGACCUUAUUGAUUGAUUAACGAUUAAUUGAUAAGCGGUGAUUUUCCUGAGAACCUGAAUUUCUCGUUCAAUACAGUCUAUAAGAAUAAAAGCUCAAUACUGUUUAUGUACUUCAUAAGAAAAUCGUGUCACAUUACUUAAUGAUUGAUUUAUUGAACCAUUGGAUACAGUCAGUGUUUCCAGUGGAAUUCAUCUGUUGGUGUGGUGGUGUGGAAUGGGGGGUGCACGUGCGUGCACACAAAAGGGUUAAUAGUCAGUCUCUGCUAGAAGUCCCGCCUCUAACCUAAUUAUCACUCUCUGAUUGGCUCUGCGGUUUUGCUAUCGUACAUGUGAUUGGCCGUCCCUGCUGUUCCUCCAUCUACUUGUAAAAGCUACAGUUAUCUGCUAGUGGGACAGGACAGGAAAAAAUAAAUAAAUAAAAGAGUUGGACCGGACAGGAGGGAGUUCGUAUCAUCAACCGCUUAGCGUAAGUUGUCAACAUGUUUGCAUUUGUUCUGUCCGGGUCACGUCAGUUAGACAGAUUUGAAUAUCACAGGUGUCAUUUACAUGUACAUUUGUUCAUGUGUCUGUUUGAAUAUCACAGGUGUCAUUUACACGUGUCUGUUUACUUGCAUGCGCAUGCAUAUGUGUGUCCAUGUGUGCAGGGCCGGUUCAUGGCAUAGGCUGAUAACUGAUAACAUGAUAAUUUCUCAUUAAUUGUCUUAAAA